ACCAAGAGGAGGAGGCGGGGAAAGAGAGAGAGAGAGCGCGUACGCGCCUCACCCGCUUACCCGACCCUCCGGUCCCAGCAUGCAGCGCGGUGGAGUUUGAAUGGCGCUGGCUACGCUGAGUGGGCCCCGGCGCUAGGACUCCUCCGCUGCCCGAUCCGGCGGCUUCCAUUUGAGGCUGGGUCAGUAGCAGCUACGGUAGCGGCGCUGGACCAUGAGCGGCAGCAGGGAUUUUAGAUAGUAUGGCAUCUGAAGCCCAAAAUGUUAGAAAACAGAACCUAUUGUACCUUGAGGGUCGUCCUGUUGAUCUCCGUAGAAAAAGGAGCUCUCAUUUCAUUAAUGAGAACAUGAAGGAGGGUAAGAAACCUGCAAAACAUUUGGCUUCUUGCACAAGCAGAACAACAGUUGGACAAACUGUGACCAGCCCCCAUCCUCUCUUCAGAGUAGUAUACUGCAAAAGAAAAGUUCUGUAUUAUUCUCCAAAGCCUUGUUUCAGAAAGAAACAGCUCCCUAAAGUCAGGGGCCGUGACAUGGCAAAUAAGGAAAAUGAACUGGCAUGUGCAGGUAAUCUGCCAGCAAAACUGCCUGCUGAUGGUCGUACGUUCUUACUGAACUCCAGUGAUUCUGGGCGCUCUCAAGCAGAAAGUCCUUCAUCAAAAUAUAGUGGAUUUUUUUCAGAGGUUUCUGAAGAUCAUGACACUAUGGCACAAGUCCUCUUCAGCAGAAAUCUCCGACUGAAUGUAGCUCUAACCUUUUGGAGAAGAAGAAGUAUAAGUGAGCUCGUAGCCUAUCUAGUAAGGAUACAAGAUCUAGGUGUAGUGGUAGACUGUCUUCCUGUGCUUACCAGCAGUUUACAGGAAGAAAAACCAUAUAUUUCUGUUGGCUGCUGUGUAGAUCUUCUGCCAUUAGUAAAGUUACUGCUUAAAAGUAAAUUUGAAGAAUAUGUGGUAGUUGGUUUAAAUUGGCUGCAGGCUGUGAUUAAAAGAUGGUGGUCAGAACUUUCUGCCCAUACAGAAAAGAUAGAGGAUGGAAAUAUUCAGAUUUUAAAACAACAAUUAUGUGGAUUGUGGGGACAAGAAAAUCAUCUUACUUUGGUUCCAGGAUAUACGGGUAACAUAGCAAAGGAUGUGGAUGCUUAUUUAUUACAGCUGCACUGACAUUCUUGGAGAACAUAGUACGUGUAUGCGUGCGUAUGUAAUUGUGUUGGCUAAAAAAGCCCUUCCGAUAGCUCUCAACAGUGUACUACUUUGAAAAUGACACUUCUUUUUAAGAAGAACUGUUUUGACAGAAGAGGACUAGACCUUCAGUACUGUUUGCUAUAACCACUAAAAAUCCAUCUGCUUCACAUUGAAGUGGAAAAAUUUCUAAUAGGAGCAACUUUUACUUCAGUGAGGUGAAAGUGCACUAUGAAAACUGUACAUAACGCCUUUGCUGCAUUGGGGGAUCUGUUCAGUUAAUUGAUGAAGUCAUGAAAAGCUACUGUUUCUUCUACAUCAUUGUAUAAAAUAUCAAAGCUUAAUCAUGAAGAUGGGAUUACAGAACCAGUCACUAGGAACCACAAGAGACCAGUCACUAUAAAUACUUUUAAACUGUUUUUUGCAUAUGAACUGUAAAAUGUUUUGUAUAUAUGUGUAUAUAUAUUGAAAAAUAUGUUAAACUUAAAAACAUUGAUCUGCUGUAUUAAAACUCUGAAAUGUCUGCUAUGUUAAUCAAGGCAUUAAAGACUAUUUUUGUUGCACUCCUGAGAAAACUAUAUAUAGCAAGAGGCUGAAAGCUCUUUAUUAAAAGUCAUCAGGGUAGUGUUUAUACACUGUGUACAAAUCAUUUUGAAACAGUUUGUGUUCCUAAAUAUUUAAGUGAAUAAUUUCCACUACAAGCAUACUAAAAAUUUAGGCAGAGGAAAAAACUUGUCAAUAUCAACAAAGGGGAAUCUGUUUACUCAGCAUUUUUAAUACAUACAUUUUCUAACUCUCUGUUCUGUAACUCUUCAAGCUACAUGCAUUUUCAGUGUUGCUACUAUGCUCAUUUCUAAAGUUAUGUUCAAAUAAUUUUACAUGGGUCCAUCACCCUACCAGGAACCUCAUCUGCUGUACUCCAGAUACUUUUAUCUCCUGCUCCAGAAAUGUUUACAGCCAAGAGAAGCCUGUGCUUUUCAGAGUCAACACAGCAUAUGCUACCUCCUGGACAAAUGUUGCUGGGGAUCUUGCAGGGGUACUCACCCUAUGGCUGUUUUUCUCAACAAUUACUCUCAAGUGGAAGAACAAUGCAGUACUUAAACACAAAUGUUUAUAGCUGUAUUUUGUCCUACUAACUUUUGAUUCUGCUGUGGUUUACCCUGUUUUAUGUAACUAGUAAAUGUGCUUAUCCAAAUAAAAUUCUAUGAA